AGCAGUUUCGAGAUGUGACGGGUCCCUUGUACAUGACCGUUGGCGGACAGCAGAACGUUGGUACACCUCAGACCCGCCCGGAGGAAGAGGAGAAGCCAUUGACUGUUGCAGCACGGAAGAUCAGGAAAAGAACGGAAUCCAGGAUUCAGUCAAUGACUAAAGACAUGGUGGAGACAGAAGCCCUGUAUCAGGUGACGGAAAAGCUGGAGAGUGGAGCAACAUGGGUGACAAUUAAAGGAAGGCCAGGAGAGGGGAAGUCUACAAUAGCCUACAUGGCCCUCAAAGAUCAGCACACUCAGGGGAGACAAGUGUAUCAGGUGGUGUCACCAGAAGAGUUCAAUGAGGUCAUAACGGCCAGCACAAACCCUGUCAUUAUGUUAGAUGACAUAUUCGGUGAUCUAGAAUUUGAUGUAGCAGAAUGGGCCAAGUGGAGACCAAGUCUACGACCUGUUGUGGAUAUGAAGGAUACAGACAAGACCACAAAAAAAGACUCUACAGAUAAAUCCACUAAAAGCAAAAAAGAGAGAACAAAGGAUGAGCAAACAUUUCUAAAGAGAACAGCACCAAACAAAGGCAAAACGAUCAUUAUCCUCAUAGGCCGUGACUAUGUGCUGAAAUCCUCACUGGCAGACUUGAGAAGGGUGGCAGAUUACAUAUCUAGUCCCCAGUAUGUGGUGGAAGUUUCCUCGCAGAGAGACUCUAAUGAACGAAGGAAAAUAUGGCAUGUUCAUGCCAAAACAAAAAACAUAGACUUUGAUGAGUCAACCGUGUCUCGGAUAUGUCAAUCUGACUGUCCACACGGCUUUCCCCACGUGUGUAAAAUGUUUGCCACAACAUAUGAAAAGGAUCAGACUCAGCUUCCAGUAGAUAAGUUUUUUCAAGAGCCUCUAGCAUUCCUCAAACAGACCCUAGAUAAAUUCCUUAAAGACGAGAUAAAGGUUUCCCUGUUCAAGGCUAUGAUUAAAAGUGAUGGAAAGAUUAGUGGACAAGAGUUGGAAGAGGAGAAUGCCCAUGGAUACAAAUACAUAACAGCUGCUGAUGAUUUAGUCGGAUCUUACCUCAAGAAGGAAGAUGACACAUACAUGUUUGACCAUCCCUCUAUAUAUGACUGCGUCGCACUAAUUCUCAGUACAAAACAAUCAAAGUUUGUCAUCGAUUUUUGCAGUUUGUCAUUCAUCCAUCAGCGACUUCGUCUUAAAGCCUCCACAAGACCAGGGGAAAACGUUCCUGAUGAGACAGAUCUUGUUGCAAACAUCUCAUGGAACUAUGCUAAACAUCUAGCCAGACGAUUUGCAACUGAAAUUUCAAGGAGCAAUUUCUUGCAUGUCUUAUCGCACCAGGCAUGUUGUAAUCCAGAGUUUAUUGACUUGCUAAUGGUCUGCCUGAAGGUACAGUGUCACAUGUCUGUUUCUGAUAUACUCAAACUAGUUGAUAACUCUUCAUAUCAGACAUUUUGUAAAUUAAUUUCUAGCAGCAAGUCACAUCAUCUCAUCAAAUUUAUUAUUGAGAAAGAAAACAGAACAUUCAGCCAGAGUGAACUGAGAGACAUUUUACUUGGGACGUGCAUGAAUGCUGCUUGUAGUGUACUGACCUAUAUCAGUGAACACCAUCAGCUUGAGAUAGAUGCUAGAUAUGGCUCGCAGCAGAAAACGCCACUUAUGUUAGCAGCAGAAACCAAAGACAGUGUGUUUGUAAAUCAGAUUCUGGCCCUUCACCCUGACCUGAAUGCUAGAGACUGGUACCAUCAAACAGUCUUUCAAUACCUUUGCGCAAAUGGCCUUACAUCAGCUGUGGAACAUGCAAUCAACAUGGGCGUGGAUGUUAAUGAGCAUUAUUCAUCAGGUUUUAGCCCUAUUUUUUCUCCCUACCAGGAGGCCCCUCUAGAUCUCGCCAUAGCAAAUGGUCAUGUUGGUGUGGUGGAACUGCUGCUGCAAAAAGGAUGUGAUAAAGAUAAACAGAGAGGUCUUAAAUGUGCACUGGAGAGCCGAAACACGCACAUGACGCGUAUUAUCUUAGACAGAGGAGCACAGGUUGACGGUGAUGCUGUGUGCAUUGCUUGUGGGUUGACAAACUUGCGUAUCAUCAAGAUGUUGUUUGAGGAGGGUGGUAAAGUUGACAUGAUUUCAUCUCAUGGAGAAACUCCUCUUCACGGUGCAUGUGACCCUAAUGUGGUCUUGUUUUUGUUGCAGAAAAAUGCUAACGUGAAUAUCAAGAAUAAAACAGGUGAGACACCACUUCACGAAGCAGCAUGGAAUGGAUAUACAGAGUGUGUUGAUCUGUUACUGAAGGCUGGAGCUAAUGUGAAUGUACAGAACAAUACAGGUGACACACCACUUCAUGCAGCAACAGCAUCGUUUGGAUCUACAGGGAGUGUUGAUGCGUUACUGAAGGCUGGAGCUAAUGUGGAUGUACAGAACAAUACAGGUGACACACCACUUCAUGCAGCAGCAGCAUGGUGUGGAUCUACAGGGAGUUUUUAUGCGUUACUGAAGGCUGGAGCUAAUGUGAAUGUACAGAACAAUACAGGUGACACACCACUUCAUAAAGCAGCAGUGGAUGGAUCUAAAGGGAGUGUUGAUGCGUUACUGAAGGCUGGAGCUAAUGUGAAUGUACAGAACAAUACAGGUGACACACCACUUCAUGUAGCAGCAGGGGAUGGAUCAACAGAGAGUGUUGAUGCGUUACUGAAGGCUGGAGCUAAUGUGAAUGUACAGAACAAUACAGGUGAAACACCACUUCAUGUAGCAGCAGAGGAUGGAUCAAAAGAGAGUGUUGAUGCGUUACUGAAGGCUGGAGCUAAUGUGAAUGUACAGAACAAAACAGGUGACACACCACUUCAUGUAGCAGCAGAGGAUGGAUCAACAGAGAAUGUGGAUGCGUUACUGAAGGCUGGAGCUAAUGUGAAUGUACAGAACAAAACAGGUGACACACCACUUCAUGCAGCAGCAGGGGAUGGAUCAAUAGAGAGUGUUGAUGCGUUACUGAAGGCUGGAGCUAAUGUGAAUGUACAGAACAAUACAGGUGACACACCACUUCAUAAAGCAGCAGCAGCUCCAGGAGCAGCAGCAUGGUUUGAAUCUCCAGAGAGUGUUGAUAUGUUACUGAAGGCUGGAGCUUAUGUGAAUGUACAGAACAAUACAGGUGACACAUCACUUCAUGCAGCAGCAGCAGCACCAACACCAGAGUACGCAUCUACAGGGAGUGUUGAUGCGUUACUGAAGGCUGGAGCUUAUGUGAAUGUACAGAACAAAACAGGUGACACACCACUUCAUAAAGCAGCAGGGGAUGGAUCAAUAGAGAGUGUUGAUGCGUUACUGAAGGCUGGAGCUAAUGUGAAUGUACAGAACAAUACAGGUGACACACCACUUCAUAAAGCAGCAGGGGAUGGAUCAACGGAGAAUGUUGAUGCGUUACUGAAGGCUGGAGCUAAUGUGAAUGUACAGAACAAUACAGGUGACACACCACUUCAUAAAGCAGCAGCAGCAGCCCCAGCAGCAGCAGCAGCAUUGUAUGUAUCUACAGGGAGAGUUGAUGCGUUACUGAAGGCUGGAGCUAAUGUGAAUGUACAGAACAAUACAGGUGACACACCACUUCAUGCAGCAGCAGGGGAUGGAUCAACGGAGAAUGUUGAUGCGUUACUGAAGGCUGGAGCUAAUGUGAAUGUACAGAACAAUACAGGUGACACACCACUUCAUAAAGCUGCAGCAGCAGCCCCAGCAGCAGCAGCAGCAUGGUAUGUAUCUACAGGGAGAGUUGAUGCGUUACUGAAGGCUGGAGCUAAUGUGAAUGUACAGAACAAUACAGGUGACACACCACUUCAUAAAGCUGCAGCAGCAGCCCCAGCAGCAGCAGCAGCAUGGUAUGUAUCUACAGGGAGAGUUGAUGCGUUACUGAAGGCUGGAGCUAAUGUGAAUGUACAGAACAAUACAGGUGACACACCACUUCAUAAAGCAGCAGCAGCAGCCCCAGCAGUAGCAGCAUUGUAUGGAUCUACAGGGAGUGUUGAUGCGUUACUGAAGGCUGGAGCUAAUGUGAAUGUACAGAACAAUACAGGUGACACACCACUUCAUAAAGCAGCAGCAGCCCCAGGAGCAGCAGUAGUGUGUGGAUCUACAUGGAGUGUUGAUGCGUUACUGAAGGCUGGAGCUAAUGUGAAUGUACAGAACAAAACAGGUGACACACCACUUCAUGCAGCAGCAGCAGCAAGGUAUCGAUCUACACGGAGUGUUGAUGCGUUACUGAAGGCUAAAGCUAAUGUGAAUGUACAGAACAAAACAGGUGACACACCACUUCAUAAAGCAGCAGCAGCAGCAGCAGCAGAAGGAUGGGGAACUACAGAGUCUGUGGAUGCGUUACUGAAAGCUGGAGCUGAUGUGAAUGUACAGAACAGUACGGGUCACGCACCAGUAUUUCAUUGACCAGGACAUCCAAAACCUUAUUAGAGAUGUGCCACUGUUAUUAGAAAUAAUUGGUAAUAAUAUAUAUUAUUCCAGUGUCAUUGCUGAACGAAGGUUAUGGAUGUCGUACAGUUGGUGACAUUAGCAAGCUCUUCUCCCUUAUUCCUUUGUCUCACUUCGUUACUGUUGUUGUGAGGGGUUUGUGCCGUUGAUGGAUGGUUUUUUUUGGUUUAACACCGCACUCAGCAAUAUCCAAGCUUUUUGAUAACUGUCUGUAAAUAAUCGAGACUGGAUCAGACAUUAUAGUGAUUGACAUCAUGAGCAUCGAUCUUCGCAACGGGCGAUCUUGUUUAAUUCAUCUUCCCUUCACUCACCCGGCUGGUGCAUUGACUUGGACGGUCCAACCUUAAACUGACGGCGUAUGUGGUACGAGCAGUACAUGUUAAUAUCACACCUGUAGACAGUUGACCAGCAUAGCCUUCAUCUCUAGCGGCAACGGUCACGCUGGUGAAAAGACAGUAUUUCUUUUCGCCUAAACAAAGAUCUAUAGUCAUGUCCGGAAAUAGAUGUUCACGAUUCACCGGUACAUUAGGGAUGAUCAAGACUGGUUAUAUCACAUAGUUAACCACCAUCAGAGAUCAGCUG